AUGGCCACGGCAACUGCUACGGUACCUUCCGCGACUGCGCCUGCACUUACGGCACUCUUCACCCAGCCCAGUGAGUGCGCGUUGCUUUUUACAAGCCUAGACAUCGAAAAUACAUUCACCGGGGGCGGCCCGGUAGAGAUACGGUCGUACUACCAGUCCAACACGGCCAAUGCCCGGUUUUCCUCCUGCAACCCGCCAGGCUGGGACCUCGACAACUUCACCUUUAGCCCGGCCGUGUGUCCAAGUGGAUGGGUAUACUACCGCGUCACGCUGACGUCGUCAGACAUAGGCCAACGAGCAUAUACCCAGGCCUGCUGCUGCGCUAGUGGCUUUACAUACGCCGGGAAUGGACAGCCCAAUCUGCCGUCGCAGCGUUGUGAUAGCGAACCAACCAGCUUCGCCCCCAGCCCAGGGAACGAGACCCUCAGCGGCGCAGACGCCACGACCACGAUGAUAGUCACCAUGCACCAGCCCUUUGUCGCGCAGUGGCACGAGUCCGAGACAAAACUGCUGCCGUUUUCGCUGCCUAGCAUGGCGUCGGGUGCGUGGCUCCCGACGUGGACCCCACGCAGCAAAGCGGAGAUUGUCGGCGGCUACAGGUCUUACAGCAAUAACAAGCCGCUGUCCGACGCCAUCCUUGCGAUAAUUGCGGUGGGCUCGAUCCUCGGGUUCUUCGUGAUGAUUGGGCUCUUGUGGUGCUGCAAGCACGCGAUGGGGGAGUAG